AUGGUCGACCUCAUUACGAAAACUCGACCUGACUUGGACCUGCUGCUUGUUGAUACGGAGCAAGAGAUUGCGCGACUCCGGCAAGUAGCUAUUCAAACCCGGCGGUCUAUCAAUAAGUCCUCAUCCAUAUCAUCCCUGCCGGCCGAGAUUCUUUCAGAGAUCUUUGCGUUCUGCUGCCAACCCAAAUACAAUGCCAUUGGAGGAGUGGAUAGUCAGGGGAUAUGUCCUCUGCGCCUCUCUGCCGUCUGCAAAGCGUGGCGUGCCCUGACGUGGACUACAAGCGCGUUGUGGUCCGUCAUCAUCCUCGUCGACCCAAAACCUUGGACCUCACAUCUUGACGAAAUCUUAGCCGCAUGGAUUGAGCGGGCGAGAAAUCGACCCCUUUCUAUCCGUUACAAAGCAGGAUGCAUUGACCUGCUGCAGCGUCUAGCCCAAGAAACCUCAACAUGGAUGAAUGUUUCUAUAUUCCUUGGCUCGAAAUAUAACUCGGCUACAUGUCCCGAAAUACCUAGUUUGUUUUGGACGCAAUUCGAUGUGGUCGCAGCUCAGAACCUUCUCUAUUUUGCUCGAUUCCUCGAAGUAUUCAACGCCAACACCCUUGCUACCACACACCUACGAGUCAAUCCUCAACCAACGACCGCCACUCACUACAAGCUCCGAUGCCUCGUCUUGAAGGCGAACUAG